AUGGGUUGCUGUCUCAGUAAGAAACGUUCUCCUUCUCCUCCUUCAAAUUCUCUCUCCAAUGGCACCUCUUGUGCUGUUAAAACCCCAGAUCCCAAAAAACCCAUUAAACCGGUGAUUGAGCUGCUGGAGAAUCAAUCAAGAGAAGAAGCUAAACCCAUAAUAUCUGAUAAAUUCCAUCAAGAAGAAGAAAAUGUUGCAACGAAGGAAGUUUCGGUGAGGAAGAGCCAUGAGAGAUCAAAGAAGACAGACUCAGAGGAGGAACCUCCAGCUUCUAUGGCGGCGGAGAAACCAAUCGAUUCGAACUCUAACUCCGUCGUGGUGAGGACAUCAAGCUGCACGAAAGAAGAAGUUGAUGCUAUACUGAUACAAUGUGGGAAGCUAAGCCGGAGCAACUCCGCCGCUAAAACAAGGAGAUAUUCUGGCUCGAAAAGAAGUUUCGAUUUUGACCAGAACCAGAGGAUCCGCGACUUUGGCGGCGGCGAUGCGGAGGAGGAAGUGACGGAGAGGAAGACGCCACAAAGGAAUCGCCACCGUGGAGUAGAGAGAGUGAAUGGUUCGCCUCGUGAACGGAGAAGACGAAGUCCGAGCAGAGAAAGAGAAGAUUCAAAGAGUUACCGAUCAGGGAGCAGAGAGAGAGGAAACGGUAGCGGCGGUGGAAGCAGACGUGUGAGCAGAUCUCCGGGAAAACGAUCGGAGACGACAAACCCUAGUGGCGUUUCGGUAAAUUCAAACGGAAUUAGACCGGGAAAGUUUGUUACAGUUCCGGCGACGGAUAAGAGCAACAUUAACGGAGAUUCCUCGACUAAACGGAUUACUGUGAAAAGAAACAUCGGUGAAGCUUGUAGAGCCGCCGCGUCUCCGGCAAGAACAUCGGCGAAUAAUGUUCAGGCUCCUCUGCCGCCGCCGACGUUAAGCCGAAGCUCUUCACGGAAGGCGGAGCAAUCGCCGUAUAGGAGAAACCCACUCGGAGAAAUCGAUCAAAACUUAACAAAAGUGGACAAUUGCAACAAGAAGAUGAUAAAGAGAGAAAAUUGCAACGAAUCUGCGAAUCAGAAACUCGCGAGACCGCCAAAAGCGAUAAGCAGAAGUAGAUCACUGAGAAAAUCUCGAGAUUUCGAUUUCGUUCCAGAGCCGGAAGAAGACAAGAACACGACAAGCAAUUACACUGCGUUGUUGUUAAAAGACAUUAAGAAUUUCCAUGGGAAGAGUACUGAGGAUCCUGAGGUUUCGUUUAAUCUUCUUCCAUCUUGUGUUACAAAAGCUUGCUCCAUUGUUGAAGCAGUGGCGGAUCUUAACGCUUCUUUGAGCUCUGAUUCGAGCCAGUUUAGAUUCACAUCUACUGUGAAGAAAGCGGAUUUGAUGGAACCAAGCUUUGAGAAGUAUGUGACUUUGAAGAGAGGUGGUUCGUUGGAAGAGCAAGAAUCAUGCGGUAGCAACAAUCUUACGUGACCUGAGUUCGAUUUCAGACAACAAUAAAUGUGUUGUUGUAGUUUCGACUUAAU